AUGUACACCUUGCGGCAUCUCCUGCCCAUUACGGCCCUAGCCCUCAACAGCGCCUGGAUACACCAUGUUGAUGCCUUGGUUGUCACGAGAAAUGACACCAAUCUCCUCCCUAGCAAAAGUCCCCUUACGGGCGACUUUGCUGCUUUGGUCAAAGACAACAUGGACUUUUGGAACAUUCCUGGCAUGGCUAUAGCCGUAAUCGACAGCCAUGAUGUGUUUGCCGAGGGCUAUGGCUUCUCAGCUCUGCCUGACAAGAAAGUCACCCCAGAAACGCUCUUCUAUGCCGGGUCAACGACGAAGGCCCAGACCGCGGCUUGUCUCUCGGCACUUGUACAAAAUGGGUCGUACCCGGCAUUGGCCGAGGGAUGGUCGACCACCAUCUCUUCCAUUCUGAAGGACGACUUUGUACUUCAGGAUCAGUGGGCCACGGACCAUCUAACACUUGAUGAUGCGGUCAGCCACCGGACUGGACUUCCUCGUCACGACAGGUCCCUCAUGCGAGAAAAGGAUGGACUGCCUCUGUCCACGGCGGACAUCGUCCGGAACAUGAGAAACUUGCCCUAUAUCCACGAGCCGCGAGCCGAAUUUCACUACUGCAACUACAUGUACAUCACGCUCUCGCACGUCAUCGAGACGGUCACCAAGAAGAGUCUCAAACAGGUAAUGAAGGAGUUGAUAUGGGACCCGCUCAAGAUGAAUUCCACCUACUUCGGGCUGGAAGAGGCCAAGCAGGGCCCGCAGGAUCUCGCCACCGGAUACGUCUGGGUCAAUGAGACUGGCAAGCACAACGAGACAACCUACAUGCCAGUAACGGAUUUGAGCGGCGCAGCGGCCGUCAUCUCAAAUGUGAGAGACUAUGCGAAAUGGAUCCAGGCUCUUGUCAAUGAUACCCAAGUAUUCUCUGACGACAUGCUGCACGAUAUUCGUAAGCCGAGAGUGCUUUCGGAUCCAGAUGCCGGCAAAGGCAACGAUGUCCUUCUAUACGGCCUAGGCUGGUACCGAAGUGUAACCAACGGACACGUAUUCUAUCGCCACGACGGAGUCAUGAUCGGGUUCAGGGCACAAGUCUACUGGUUUCCAAAUGACAAGUUUGGCUUCGUUAUCUUCGCAAAUUCGGACGAAGCUGCACCCGCCAAUUUCGCUAUUUCGUGGAAGCUCAUUGCCGACAAGUUCAGCAUACCGGUGGAAGAGCUUGUCGAUAUCCCUGCUGGCCGCUCUCGAGGACCUAGCGGCGGGCAGAAAUUCGAGGACGCGGCGAACAAGCACUUUCCCAACCACACGCACGCCGAUCCCUCCUUUUCUCUUGCCGAAAUGGAGGGCACGUACUCUGACGCAGGAUACGGCACCCUGACGCUCCGCUCCGACCAGAGCAAGCCGGAUGCCAAGGUCCUCGUUGCAGAACGCCCGGACAUGACCUGGGACUACGGGCUGACGUUUCGGCACGUCUCCGGGGACAGCUGGAUCGCCGGCGAAGCGUGGCUGGACUAUAUGGCCGAUGCUGGCCAGUUUCACCCCGUCGAGUUUGUGAAGGGGGAUGACGGAAAGCCUGCAGCCUUGAAGAUGAAGGUGAUGCUCGGGAAUGAGUUUGAGGGCAAUGUUACUUUUGCCAAGACUGGAUAA